AUGGCUUCUACCGCAGACCUUCCCUACAAGAUGCACGUCACCCCGGACAACACCGGGCUCUGGCACAUCAAGCAGACCGACGAGGCAGCUAAGAAGGUGUCGGAGCUGCUCCAGGAGGACAUGGAAAAACACCAUGUCUUCUUCAACCAAGAGGGCUUCCACAACCACAUCCCACACCACCUCCUCGCCCUCUACGGCACCGGCGCCCCCGCGCCCGCCCUCCAAGCCGCCUACGACACCAACGCCAACUACCAGCGCCCCGCCCUCCCCCCCCACCCCACCACUACCACCACCACCACCACCACCUCCCCAGCACCAGCAGCAACACCAACCUUCCACCCCUGGCCAUCCGCCGCCGCCCCCUCCCUCGGCAACGAAACCUACUACCCCGACUUCCUGCGCUUCUUCCAGGCGGAAACCCGCGCGCUCGGCUCGUGGCAGGCCGUGCUGAAGCGCUACCUCUUCGCCAAAGAUGACGACACGCUGCUGGUGCGGCUGUUCGCCGGGUUCCUGCACCCGCUGAUCCAGCUGAUGUACGGGAUGGAAUGGGGCCAGGAGGCGGUUGUCGCCGAGGCGCUGGCGCAGACGGCGGUGCAUGGCGGGGAGAUUGGGGGGUUUUUGCUGGGGGCGGAGAGGAGGGCGAGGGAGAUGGAGAUGGAGAGUGGUGGGGGUGGGAAGGGUGGUGAAGGUGGUGGGAAGGGGGAGGGGGUGUUGGAGUUGAUGGAGAGGUUGAGGGGGGAUGGGAAGUUGGCGGGGGCGGCGAGGGAGGGGGACGCGAAUAAAGUUAGGGAUGGGGUGCUUGCGCGUGCGGGGGAGGAGAUGAUCGCGCUGGCGGCGAGGGUGAGGGUGAUGCCGGAGGAGGUGGAGGAGAGGACGGCCGAGAUGUUUGAUGCGGCUGUGUUUGUGGCGGCCGCGGCGGCGCUGGUGAAGGAGGGGAAGCAGCCCAAGUUUGACUUCUUUUUGAUCCACCAUCUCAACGCGAGCCCCUUCUUUGUCACUAUUAACGCCCAAGACUGGAUCCCCGCCGAGACCAAGGCGCGCCUACUGGAGUGGAAGAUUCGGAUGGACUUGCUCCAGUAUGCCGCGCGCGGUGCGCCCGAGCUGUCGGCCGAGAAACUGGCUGCGUAUCAGCCGCGGAAGCCUGCUGUCGGAGGGUCGUUAGCCGAUAUUGUCUCCCGACUGCACAACUUCGGGGAUGACGGGCAUUCGAUCAAGGUGGCCCGGGCGAUGGUGAUCUGCCGCAACAUCUGCAAGAAGUACGAGGACGAGGGCAAGGACUGGCUGAAGGUGAAAGGGGACGACAUGUGGGAGAAGGUGUGUCACCUGGCCGUCGACUCGGUCGAGGCACCGGGGCCACGAUGGUUGCGGAGUUGUGGCUUUGACGAGGCCUGGAAGGUAUGUUCAACCGUAAUUUCGAGGAAGAAAGUGUGA